AUGGGCUUGGUUAAAGUAGGUGUUUUGGGCGCCACGGGAUCUGUGGGCCAGCGGUUCACUUUGCUCUUGGACAGCCACCCGGACUUCGAGCUCUAUGCCUUGGGAGCCUCGGCCCGGUCUGCCGGCAAGCCAUACAAGGAUGCCGUGACAUGGAAACAAACGAACUUGAUGCCGGAAUUUGCCAAAAACAUCCCGGUUGAGCAGUGCACGCCCGAGGGCAGGUUCGCCGAGUGUGAAAUCGUGUUUUCUGGGUUGGAUUCCGACGUGGCCGGCGACAUCGAGACGGCGUUUGCCGCUGCAGGCAAGAUCGUGGUGUCCAACGCCAGCAACUUCCGCAGGGCCGCAGACGUGCCUUUGAUCGUGCCGAUCGUCAACCCGGAGCACAUGUCUGUGGUCGAAAAAAGAGUGCAGGAGGCCAAGAAGGAAGGCAAGCCUAGACCCGGCUUUAUUGUGUGUAUUUCCAACUGCUCCACGGCAGGCUUGGUGGCUCCAUUGAAGCCUUUGGUGGAUGCGUUUGGUCCCAUCGACGCGCUCACCACCACGACUUUGCAGGCGAUCUCGGGCGCCGGCUUCUCGCCUGGUGUUUCGGGCAUUGAUAUCUUGGACAACAUCGUGCCUUACAUCGGUGGCGAGGAGGAGAAGAUCGAGUGGGAGACGCGCAAAAUCUUGGGUGGCGUUUCUGCGGAUGGAAACGGCUUUGCGCUCAUUCCAGAGGACGAAAUGAAGGUUUCUGCCCAGUGCAACCGUGUUCCCGUCAGCGACGGCCACACCGAGUGCAUCUCGUUCAGAUUUGCCUCCAGACCCGCGCCGUCUGUGGACCAGAUCAAGGCAACCUUGGCCGAAUACCAGUGUGAGGCGUUUAAAUUGGGCUGCCACUCGGCUCCCAAGCAGACCAUCCACGUUUUAGAGGAAACCAACAGACCACAGCCCAGAUUGGACAGGGACAGAGAUGCGGGCUACGGUGUUUCCGUGGGCAGAGUGAGAGAAGAUCCCGUGUUGGACUUCAAGAUGGUGGUGUUGUCGCACAACACCGUGAUUGGUGCCGCUGGUGCCGGCGUGUUGAUAGCCGAGAUCUUGAAGGCCAAGAAUGUGUUGAACUGA